AUCGCCCAGCCGUCGAUUUAUUUCAACUCCUACACGCGUAAGACACGGUUGCUAGCGUAGCAGAUUUAUUAAAUUAUUGAUAUGAGAAUAUCGAUGUAAAUAAAAACAAGUUAUUGACUAUAAUAUUAUGGUGAGAUAGAAAGUUAAAAAAAAAUCCUAUAUUACGCUCUAAUCAUUUGAUUCAAACAAUUUCAAUAUGCUUACCGGAACAGUUCAUGUACUUCAAGUUUUGUUAGCGUCUUAUUUAAUUUUACAAUUACAAAGCGCGUUGCCUUGGAGCGAUAGACAGCUUUACCCAUCAACAAAAAUUCCUGACAACGCUCUGAGUCCAAGAAGAUUAGUUGUAAGACGGAAAAUUGUACUUUACCACAACUUUUUCCGUACAAAAGUUCGCCCAACUGCUUCUAAUAUGCUUUUAAUGUCGUGGCAUUCGUUGGCCGCUAAGCAAGCUCAGAUAUAUGCAGAUAAGUGCAUAUUCCUACAACACAACGAUCCUAGGGAGAACACUGUGCCGUAUCUUGGAAGCUGCGGGCAAAAUCUUUUUGUGUCAUCACAUAAAACUCCUUGGUUCUUUGCCAUUAAGAAUUGGUUCCUGGAGUAUCAGAAUUUUACUUACGGAGCUCCCAUAAGUAACCUGAAGGCAGUUGGUCAUUACACACAAAUGAUGUGGGCCACAAGCCACAAACUGGGUUGUGGCGUGUCAAAAUGUUCCGGAGGACCAUGGGGACAAUUUUACAAUUACGUGUGUCAUUACUGUCCUACGGGAAACUACGAAAGCAUAAUCCAAUAUCCAUACAAACUUGGGCGACCAUGUGGAGAUUGUCCCGGCCAGUGCGUAUCUGGUUACCUUUGCUCCAACUCCUGUCCUGUCAAAGACUUUUACUCAAACUGCGAGUCCCUUCAGAAAUACACCGACGUAUGUGAACGUGGGGUUUGCAAUGCAACUUGCGGUUGUGGCGAUCAACGUUUACAUAAGAACCAUCCGUGGUAAUUAGUUAUAGCUAGUUAUUAUAUCUCAAUUCUACUUGUAAUGCGAAUAUUACAAAUGAGGUGCCUUUGAUGUGUAGUGUAUUAUUUAUUAAAUAUUAUUAGAUAUGUAAGUAUAAUUUUGAAUAAACAUUAAAUAAACUUGAAAUAAACAAAAAAAUGUAUAUAUUUAUUUCACAAAUAUUUCUGUUAAUUACUACAUUAUUCCUUUUUAUCUCCCAAUUUUUGUGUGUAACGUAUUUAUUAUAACAUUAUUUUGUCCGCUGUCAAGAGAUUUUUUAAGCAAAUCUCGGAGAAUUGAAGUUAAAUUUUAUUCUAAUAAUAUUUUUUUUAGACUGUAAGGAAAAAAUUGUUUUAAUUGAAUAAAUAAAAUGUGUAAUUGUU